UCAAAUCGGUUCGCUCGCACUUCUGUUCUUUGUUGUUUAUAUACAGAAAGAAAGGAUAAAUAUUUGUUAUCAUAUAAAAGAAGUGUGAUAAAUUGUGUGCACGAUGCAAAUACAAAAAGGAUAAAAUAAAUAAGGAAUACCAGUAUAGUGAAGGACCAAAAGUGGUGUUGUGGUUCAUGGUGGAUUUAGUUUCCAUAUUAUUAUGAGGUUCCAUAUCACCUCAUACUAAAUUGUUUCGAAUGCUGAUUGUGUUGAAAAAUGGAUUAGUAUCAGUGAUUAAAAUCAGUAGUGAUGUGUUGUUUUGUGAAAAUGAUGUGUUCGAAUUAAAAACAUUCGAUAAAAGUUCAAACGACGCAACAGACGUGAUAUUAUUUCAUAAACAAAUUAUUCGUUGAAGUUCAUUGAGCGAUUUUAAAAAUGGAUAAUAAUAACACUGCAGACAAGAGAAAACUUUGGACAGCUGAAGAUCAUUUAAAUCUUUUGCUAAGUCCUGAUGCUUUGGCACCAAGUGACACCACUUCUCCUGAUGAACAAAAUAUCGAUUUACCAACAUGGUUCGACGAAGAAAAAUUUGCCAGGGGUCAGAAAUAUUAUUACAAAAAUUCGUACGGCAUGUUCGUGGGAAAGCUAUGCGGCCUGAUAGCAGUGCUGGCCGUGCCGACGAUUCUGAGGAUCCUCAUGUUCACUCAGAGGUCGUCGGUACCGUUUACCGCCUACAAGAGGUACAUCGCAACAUUACUUCAUACCACUUUGUGGUACGAUAUUAAAUUGACGAAGGAUUCGAGAUCCUGGAAAUCGCUUAUACAAGUGCGCAAACGUCACUUCCAGGCUGGUCAAUCAGCCUGUGCCAAAGGUUUAGGGUCUGUGACCCAAAAGGACUUGGCAUUGACCCAAUUCGGUUUUAUGGGCUUUAUUUUGAUAAGACCAAAAUUUCUGGGCAUACAAUGCGAUGAUAAGAAGGACCGAGAGGCUUUUGUACACGUUUGGAGAUGCGUUGGGUAUAUGAUGGGGCUGGAAGACAGGUUUAAUAUUUGUCGUGACUCUUUAGAAGAAACUGAAGACUUAUGUGAAGUGCUUUUGGCAAAAUAUUUUGCACCAUUGUUAUCAACGUACAACAAAGAUUUUGAGGACAUGUCCAAAGCACUUUUAGAAGGCAUGUGGACCUUUAACCCCUUCAUCCACUUUACAACGUUCAUGUACUUCACGAGACGUUUAUCUGGUGUAUCAGAGUACAAAUUUCCUUUACCCAACAUCGUGGACAAUAACGACAAUAACAAUUUGAAAGAAGACAAUACUAAAAUCAGCAAAAAAUUGACAACUCUGGAUAAAAUUCCUGAAUCCGAGAUAACUUCUAAAGUUAUUGUUUCUGAAAGUUCAUCACAGUUUGAGUUGAUGUAUGAAAUCAAAGCUGGAGUUUUUUCCGAUAAAAGCUUGAACAAAGGGCUCAGGACAAUCCGGGACAAAAAUUUUGAAUUUGAGACAAUUAAUGGUUUUUGUCUAAUCUGGACAAAGAAUGCAAAUUCAAACGGUUAA